AAUAGCAGAAAAAAUGUUGCAGAGUGCAACAGAAUAGCUAACAAGCCUUUCCAAUAGCGAAAAAAAUGGCAGAUAUAGAGAGUAUUCAUAAGCAGAGAAAAAUUAUGGUGGGUGUAGACGAGAGCGAGGAAAGCAUGAAUGCGCUCUCUUGGGCUCUCGAUUUCUUCUGCAUUGGCAAUGCCAAGGACUCCCUUAUUCUAUUACACGCUCAGCCGCCGCCAGGGGAUUACUCAAAUAUGGAUAGUACAGGUUACUUAUUCUCAUCUGAAAUUGAUCAGGCUGUGGAAAAGUACCAGAAAAAUGUGACGGAAAAUGUGUUGAAGAGGGCCAAAAGCAUUUGCAUUGGCAAAAAUGUGUGUGAGGAGAGCAGAGUAUGUGUUGGAGAUGCGAGGGAUGUUAUAUGUGAGGAAGCAGAGAAAAUUAAGCCAGAUUUCUUGGUGAUCGGAAGCCAUGGCUAUGGUACCAUAAAGAGGGCAUUUUUGGGGAGUGUCAGCGAUUACUGUGCACAUAAUGUGAAGUGCCCGGUUUUGAUUGUGAAGCAUCUCAAGAAAUGAGUUCUUGAGACUGUUGAUGAUAUGAGAUUUUCACAAUUCAUAGAAUUUAUCUGUGAGCAAAUUUUUGAAAUUGAUUGUGUGCAAGUUUUUGAAUCAACGUUUUGGAUCACAUUCUGUGAUCGAUCAUCAGAAUGAAAGAGAACAAAAUAAAAUGAGACUAUGUUAAUCCAACUGCUACCAAAAUGAUUGCAAUGCUGAUGUUCCUUUUCAAAUGUCUAUGCUUAAACCCUAAAUAUGAAUUGUAUUGGUGUUCUUGUUAAGAUAGCUUAAAAGGUUUUAUUUAAGUUGCUUCUCUCGUAUAAUGUAUGGAGCCCUUAAAGCUUACCCAAACUCUCAUAGGUUAUUAUAUUUAUCUAAUGUAUGUAUGUUUGGUAUGCAAACACAUUUCUGCAUA